ACUGGUAAAUAACUGUCACAAAUGUCAACAAGAAUAUAACCUCACAUUUUAUGUAACAACACGGAAAGUUUCCAAAAAAUAUAAAUAACGUUCUUCUAUUUCAUUUCUAAAUUCGCUGCAGCAUGACUGUGUAUUUAUCAAGAAUUGCAUUUACGACAAUCAGAGCCACCGGCUCGAAGUGUUUUUCUGUGAAAUCUUUAUCGGAAACCGUAUCGAAGAAAACUCUUCUUUUAACGGGGAAUAAUGACUUAUUUUGCAUUGCAAGACAGUAUGUGGUUCGAGGUUAUACUACAGAUACGAUACCGCCCCCAGCAGCGUUGGAAAAUUCGAGUAUUCCAUUGAAGAAGAAGGCUGUACAUAAGAGACCGGAGGUGGAGGAUUUGACUAAGAAAGAGGGUCAUUAUUUGACUCUAGCCUACGCCACGGCGAAUGCUUACGAUUUGAAAGGUCUGAAGAACGCUUUGGUGCAACAGAAGUUGUAUGAACCUGCAAAUACUGCUUUCAGACUGAAGGCCCAGGAGGUGGGUGACGUGGUGGUAGCUAAUGCGGUGUACACAGUCGGGGAUGAACCGAGGGAGAUCAUUUUCUUCAGGGAAGGGGCCGUCGUCUUCUGGAACUGCACUGAACUCGAGGCCAACAAUGUACUCGAUUUUGUUAAAUUGUUUGAGCUGGAGAGUUACCCUAGAGAUGUGGUGGAGAGAGAGAAGGAGAUCAUGUCAUACGUCUACCAGCCUAAUGCAAAGAAAUGCAGUCUUCAGGAGUCUACAUUUGUCUUAGUCCCAGAUAGAGAUAAUUCAUUAGAGAGGUAUACAUUCAGCCACGCCAUGGCGCAGUCGGCGCGGCUGGGCGCGUGGGAGGCGCGGCUGGAGGCGCUGGCGGCCGCCGUGCGCGCGCACUCGGCCGGCAUGGAGCGCGAGGGCGCCGCGCUCGUCGACAAGAAGGAGGUGGUGAGAAAACUAGGCGAGUUGUUCUCGCUUCGUCACCGUUUGAAUGUGGAGUCAGAUAUUCUAGAUACUCCUGACUUCUACUGGGAAGAGGAGCGUUUAGAGCGGUUGUACUCCAACACUGUCGCAUACUUCACCAUACCACGGAGGACCAGGGUACUCAACGAGCGUCUGUCCCACUGCGUGGAACUCCUCGAACUCCUGUCCUCCUGGGCGGCAGACCGCCACCACGUUCGCCUGGAGUGGAUGGUCAUCGUCCUCAUUUUAGCUGAAGUAUGCUUCGAACUGCUGCACGUUUUCGAGAGGUAUGCCGUUAAAGAGUAGCUAGACUGCCUACUGUGGAUAUUCUUCUGUCCACAGUAGAGUAAUAAUAGUGUAGUUAAUGUGGAUAUUCUCAUGUGGAUAUUCUCAUUUGGAUAUUCUCCUGUGGAUAUAGAUAUGAUUAUGUGGAUAUUCCUGUGUAGAUAAGGGUAAAUCUAUUCGAUCGGUAUACCUACUCUAUGUUAAAACCAUUUCAAAUGUAAGUUUCAUUUACGUAUUUCACAAAUCGAUUUAAGUAUAAUUAUAUAAUAUGUCAUAAUAUAUACUAUAUUUAUAUUUGUACUACAUACUUAGCUCAGAGGUCUAAACAGGCCACAUUUCUACUAGUACCUAUAAAAAAUGUUGCCAUUUUAGUAUAAACAAUGUAUAUGUUUUAAUAAUAAGUAUCUACUUAAUAAUAUACUUAUGACAACUGUAACCAAAUGCUUUUAAAGUAAGUAAUGUAUCUACGUAUAACUAAGAUAAACUUAAAAAGUAAUGACACACUUAUUGUGAUUUUGGUAUAUUAAUUUUAAAAAAUAACUGUUUCUUUUGCGGGUUUUUUUAUUGAGAAUAAUGGUGUUGAUUCUGGCGGACAAAAUGUAGUUUUAUUUUAGUCUGGCAACUCUAGGAAUAGUGCCGUCCUUUAUUUACGAUGAGUGCAAGACAGAGAUGGAGCUAGUUUUGGAACUGUCAAAACGAUUUUUUUUCCUUUUGCCCAUUUGUGGGUCAGGCUAAGAUCAUAAGACCAUGCUGCCAAGUCAUCAGUACAACUGUCAAAAUGAAUAAAAUUACGUUGGUAAAAGCAGGAAACAGCACCAAUGUUCGUAAGAGGAAGAAGUUUUGCAGUGUUACUACAAAACACAAACUGAAAAUAAACUAGGUUUGAAAUAGUAUUUCGCGCCACGAAAGAAGUCGGCGGAUUUUAAUGAAACUAACUUGACAAGUCAUAAUAAUUGUAUGCAGAAUCUGCGACAGUAGCGCCACGACCUUCGGGACUUCUUUCGUAUACGGAUUAUACUUUAAACAUAGUUUAUCUUUUAGACUUUGUUUUGUAGUAACACUUAAUAUUUAAGCGAAAUUAAGAAUUUGCCUGUAGCUUCAAUUGUGAUAGCAUUAUUUAAGUAAUGUAAAUUAUAUUUAGAAGUAGAUCAUGUAUAUUUCAAAGUAUAUACGCUUGUUGAUUGAUUGUUUCGUACUUUAUAAAUAAAUCAGUUAUUUCGGUA